GCGGUGCGUAGGGACGUUUGGAGAAACGGCGUAAGGGCGUUUGUGUACGACGUUGUGCGCUUCCGACGUUCUUCGCUUGCUGGAGUGUAGUGAAAUCGGUGGUGGUGGCGUUAAGAGCGUUUCAGCUGCUGUAGAGGGGUUGGAUUGGGUAGAUAAUUUUCUUGUGGAGCCUCUACGUUCUCCUGUGUGUUUUUUUUUUUCAGUUAUUUAAGAAUUUGAGAACAGAGUGCUACUUUACGUUUUUAGAAGAUUAGAUAACGUUUUCCUCCUUUGUGCAGUAACUGAGGUUAUCUGAUCAGGGAUCAGUCCUAAGAGGAGGCUCACGAUGCGUUUCACAAGUGACUUUAGUGAUUGGGAUUUACGUGCCCAAACUUCGGGACGCUUAGAAGCGUUCUCCCUCUGAAAUGACGGGUUUGGGUUGAGGGAAAGCGGCGGCUUUGCAGAAGCGCCCGCGGGGUGAGGUGCCGUCGGUGGUUCCGGGCAGCCCGCGCGUCUGAGGCCUGGUCCCGGCGGGGCGGCUGCGUGCGGGGCGGCGUCUCGAGUCCGCUCGAGGGGACGGAGGCGGGGGAGCGCGGGCGCCGGUGCCCGGCCCGCCUCGGUGCUGCUCGUUAGGCGGGGCCUGGCUCCAGGCGUCGCUUCUCGGCGUCUGUGUCCGCGUGUGUUCUGGGGAAAGACGCCCUUGUCACAGGCGCGGACACUUGGGGGGGGCGGUGAGCCCUGAUCCCCCCGUGCUGGGUGCGAACGACGGUUGUAGGACCGUCUGGGACGUUCUGUAGAGUGUUAAAGCCUCCUCACGGACGGUCGUUUGGAAUGUUCGUUUACCAACCGAAGGACGCCUGUAGGGGCUAAAAAUCACCGUGACUGCCGUCGAACGCUGAAAGUGGUCGGUUUUCCGUUACGUGCGUCUGAUGGCAAAACUCAGCCGCGUUCCGUUUCUGAGAGUCUCGGCUUGUCCCGGGCGUGAGUGGCAGGCCAGCCGUGGAGGCCCGGCGCUGUGGCCGGAGCCGGUGCCGCGGGGUUUCCGGCCGCGCCGUCGCGGGGCUGUGGUCUCGGAUGCGGAGGGGCCGCAGAGACAUCCUCUGGUCUGUGAGGAGAAGCGGCCGGCGGAAGUGGGCCGGCCCUCGGGCCGCGGCUGCCCCCGGCCCCCGCCUCUGCGCCUUUAAGCCCGCGCGGCUCUGAGGAGCUCCCGACUUCCCGCCUGUGCUCCUGGGGCUGUGCCCGCUGUGCGCAAGUUACCCGAGCUCUUGGGAACUUUGUUCCCGGAGGGCUAGACAUCAGGAUUUAAAUCCUCUAAUUAUACCUUGCCUUUACAGGCUUUCACGUUGAACCGUGUAUUUCCACAGUCCAGACCCAACUUCCUACCUUGAACUCAGAAGUAGCAGAGUUAAGGCCGGGGUGCUCUCCAUGUUAAGAUAAACCACUGUGGGCGUGCCAAGUGAUUUUCAUCCUUGUUUCGUUUUUGUUUGAUUCGAGACUGUUCCUCUUGUGACUACUACUGGCACUUGGAUUUUUCACUCAGGACGUUAAUAAAGGCACCGUGUAAAAAGUAUACCGAAGUCGUGUCUGUUUGUUAGCUGUCAGUCCUGGAUUCAAGUCCCGUGAAGACAGGGGUCAUGUUUUAAAUGGCUGCACUCCGGACUGUGAGAGUUCGUGUCCCACAGGUGUUCUUGGCAGCCUUCUGUCCUUUGCAAGGAAAGGCCUGAGUUGCUGAAAGAGGGUGAGGGACUUGGGCUGAGAUCAGAGUGUAGCUGUGUGUUCUUCAUUUGAGGUCUGUCCUCUGCAAGAGAACUGUUGGCACUUAGAGCUGUUUGACUGACUGCCUCCUGCUUCGGGCGGGGAAGCGGGGCAGCUCGGGAUCCAGGAUUUGAGGACAGCAGGCCCUCUCCGACAGCGCGUCGCACAUGUUGGAAUGCUUAAUACAGUUGGUGCAAGCUGGAGCCACGCUUGAUGUCUCCACCACCCGUUAUGCGCAGACCCCAGCCCACAUUGCUGCUUUUGGGGGACACCCUCAAUGCCUCAUCUGGUUGAUUCAAGCAGGAGCCAGCAUUAACAAACCGGACUGUGAGGGUGAGACUCCCAUUCACAAGGCAGCUCGCUCUGGGAGCCUAGAGUGCGUCCGUGCCCUGGUGGCCAACGGGGCUCACAUCGACCUGAGAAAUGCCAGUGGCCUGACAGCAGCAGACAUUGCUCAAACCCAGGGUUUCCAAGAAUGUACCCAGUUUCUCUUGAACCUCCAGAAUUGUCAUCUGAACCGUUUCUGUAAUAAUGGCACCUUAAAUGGGGGCCAUCAGAAUAUAUUUCCUAAUCAUGUUAGUGUGGGAACAAAUCGCAAGAGAUGCUUGGAAGAUUCGGAACCCUUUGGAGGAAAGAGAGCUAGAACUGAAGCUCAAAGCUCGGAUUACUUGAUGUCACUAGUGAACGGCGAGACAGAAGAUGAUGCUGACAAAAUGCACGUCGAUAGAGAGUUUGCUGUCGUAACAGAUAUGAAAAACAGUAGCUCCGUAUCGAAUACAUUGACAAAUGGAUGUGUCGUCAAUGGACAUUUGGACUUCCCCUCCACGACACAGCUCAAUGGGAUGGAGAGCAGGAAUGACCACUGCUUAACAGGAUCUAAUGGAAUUAGCAAUGGAUUAGUUCCAGGCCGGCCGUUUCCAAGUAGCCAGGGCUCUCUCUGUGUUAACGGGACCGAGGAGCCAGAAAAGACCAUGAGCGUUAGCCCCGAGAUGUGUGGCUCUCUGCACCUGAACGGGAGCCCGAGCAGCUGCGUAGCCAGUAGACCUUCCUGGGUGGAAGACGCGGGGGAGCACUUGCACUAUGGACAUUACCACGGGUUUGGGGACACUGCUGAGAGUAUCCCUGAGCUCAGCAGUGUGCUAGAGCAUUCCAAUUCCGUGAAGGUGGAGGAGAGGUACGACAGCGCCGUGCUGGGUGCCAUGUGCCUGCACCACGGCUCCUGAGGCCAGCGCCUGCCUGUCCGGACACUCCAUCCUUCCCAGUACCCGACUUGGAAUGCUCACGUAGCGUCAGCUUGAAGGAAUGCCACGACUUGUUUUGUUUUUUAUGCUCUAAGUUUCUGAAAAGGUGGCUUGUCUUGGAUGAGUUCCCCGGGAUUCCUGGCGUGCACGAGCAGGGCUGACUGAGUGCAUAGGUGUUUCUGCCACGGGGUAGUGGGCCUCUUACACAAUGCACUUUUGGAAUUUCAUUUUUCUGCUGCCAAUCUCAAUAUUUCCUUUUAUAUGCUAUCACCAAAAAUUGCCGUUUUUCCUUUUGUCAAAUUAUAUCUGAUCAAGAUAAAUUGGAGGCAGUAAAUGAGGUGCCUGGUAAUUUAACUCUUUGCACAUGGGCACCAUUUUGAAAAGCUUGAUUUUCCUCUUUCCUGUAGAAUUUUUGACAAGACGGCGGUUUCCCUAUGCAAAGUGUAGCCUUACAAAGAUUUCUGGCAGCGAUUUGUAUGAAGAAAGAACGCUUGUCUUUUUCAGUCUCUUCAGUGAAACUUUGCAACUUGCCGUGUUGUGAGGGUUUUACUUGUCGACACACAGCGUGGUCUCCCUUCGGCGGUGUGGCUCCUGCCCUGGGUUUCAUGGAAAACACGCACAGCCGGGGCCUGGCUUCUGACCUACUGUGUUUUUAUUCCACAUUUCCUACCUUGUCUCUACAAUUUUUACCACAGGUAACGGUUUCCUUUAUAUGUAAUGGAAGUUACUAUUUGUAGGAACUGUCAGGUCAAAAUAUUUAACUGACUAUUCUGACUUAUAUUCUCUUUUUUUCCUUGUUUUUGGUUUUUGGGGGUUUCUGCUUUAAAAUAUAUACCACUAUGUGUAUCCAGUUAACUGAGAGAAUUUUGACUCUCUCUUAAUAAAACCGCGUUAAGUUUAUGGUUUUAUAGAAAUUAGCUUUUGUUUAGGCAACUAGUGGUUACACUGUGCAAAUAUUGUAAUGAAUUUUUACUUUUCUGAUUUUUGUAAUAAAAAUUGGUGAAGAUAAAGAAAACAUCCAGUGAACAAACCAAUGUUCUAAGAGUGUUACUAACAUUUUGUUUUUAAAUUGUUUGUGAAUUGAAUAAAAAACUCUCACACUCGA